AUGGAGGACACCACCUGGAAGGCCAACCACUCAGGAAGGUCAGAGUUCAUCCUGGUGGGAAUCUUCAGUCAGUCCAAACACCCAGCUCUCCUUUGUGUGGUCAUUUUUGUGGUUUUCCUGAUGGCCUUGUCUGGAAACACCAUCCUGAUCCUUCUCAUAUACUCUAAUGUCCGCCUCCACACCCCCAUGUACUUUUUCAUCAGCCAGUUGUCUCUCAUGGACGUGACGUACAUUUCUGUCACUGUGCCUAAGAUGCUCAUGGACCGGGUCACAGGUGUGAACACGAUCUCAGCCCCCGGAUGUGGGAUGCAGAUGUUCCUCUAUUUGACACUGGCAGGUUCAGAAUGUUUCCUCCUGGCCUCCAUGGCCUAUGACCGCUAUGCAGCCAUCUGCCAUCCUCUCCGUUACCCUGUCCUCAUGAACCACAGGGUGUGUGUCCUCCUGGCAUCUGGCUGCUGGCUCCUGGGAUCAGUGGAUGGCUUCUUGUUCACUCCCAUCACCAUGACCUUUCCCUUCUGUGGAUCCUGGGAGAUCCAUCAUUUCUUCUGUGAAUUUCCUGCUGUAUUGACGCUCUCCUGCUCAGACACCUCCAUGUAUGAGACAUUCAUGUACCUCUGCUGUGUCCUCAUGCUGCUCAUCCCUGUGACUGUCAUUUCAGGAUCUUACUAUUUUAUCCUCCUUACCAUCCACAAGAUGAACUCAGCAAAAGGCCAGAAGAAGGCCUUUGCCACCUGCUCCUCCCACAUGACUGUGGUCACCCUCUUCUAUGGGGCUGCCAUGUACAAUUACAUGCUCCCCAGCUCCUACCACACCCCUGAGAAGGACAUGGUGGUGUCUGUCUUUUACACCAUACUCACUCCUGUGCUAAACCCUUUGAUCUACAGUCUAAGAAAUAAGGAUAUUAUGGUGGCUCUGAAGAAAAUGUUGAAUGUGGGACCUGUCUUUCAAGAAACCAUGAAGUAGGAAUGUUUGAUAUUAAUGUGCUAAGUAUUCUGUCUACACAUCAUAAGUUUAGAAACUUAUAGCAGAAUUAUUAUUUAGACUUUUAUAAUUUUCACACGUCUUUUUAGAAUUGUUUCCAUAUAGUAGAAAACUCUACAAUUUAUAACACUUCUCUAUUCAAAAUGGAUUAUACAAUCCUUAUUUGUGUUACAUUUACUGUGUUGAUAACUGCACUAACUGUAGAAGAAUAUCCAUAUUAGAAAUAUAUGACAAAAAUAUUUAGAGGAAAAAUAUGAGAAACUACGAUAUUGAAUUAAUGAUAGAGAGGGGAUGAGAGAGAGGGAAGUGAUAAAGCAAAAAAGGUAGAA